GGGGGCUGAUUUCGGUGGGGGAUGGCUUCGUGGGUGGUGGGGUUGGCUUCGUGGGUGAGGGAUAGGGAGAGGGGUUGGCUUAGUGGGUGGGGAAAAGGGAUGAGGUGAGGUCGCCGCCGGCUGAAUCUUUUGGCGCCGGCCGCCGGAAGGGGGAGGGUGGCAGACUGGCAGUUGAGGGGAUGGGGGUCGUUGGCAGUGGGGUGGCUGGGUUUUUUUUUUCUUUUUUUUUUAAUUUUUUUUUAAUAAACUUAAGAAACUUAACGGAAAUCCUAACGGAUUCCCGUUAACUGGUAGUGAUAUUUAACAAACUCUAAUUUAGGCGGUAGCAUAGUAAAUUUUUUUUUUAAAACGGUAGCAAAUCUAAAGCUAGGUGAUUUAGGUGGUAGCAAAUGUGAAAAAAUCCUUAUUAUUAUUAUUAUUUUUCUGUUUGGAUCAAUUUUGCUAACUCUUGCUUAGUCCAACCAAAACAUUUGGGUCAAGCUUCAAGCAACCCAACAAACAUUGUAGGCUAAGAAAAACCCAACACAAACACAAGCCCACCUAAAUUAAAAUGCACCCAACUUCAGCAAACCACCUUUGUUAGCUUCUUCAAUGGCUUCCAAUUUCUGAGGUUAACCCUUCAUUCUUCCCCAAAAUCUCAGGGUUUAUUCCUGCUGCUGCUACUACUACUACUACUCAAGCAUUCAUCAAUGGCGUCUUUAGCUCUUCACCUUAAAUCCCACCACCAUAAACCCUCUCAAUUCCUCCUCAAAUCCACUUCAUCUAACCUCACUUUCUCUCUCCUCUUUUCUUCAUCUUCUUCCUCCGACGACAACAACAGUGGCGGCGGUAAUCCCCCCGACAAGCCGCACCCCUUUUCAUCUUACUUUGAUGGUAUCAAAUCCAAACUGAAACACCAUGAACAACAUCGAGAACAACAGCAGCAAUCUUCGGGUUUGAAGUAUUCGAAUAUUGGGGUAAAUCCUCAAGGGUCUUUGAAUCCCAAAAAUGCUGCUUCAUUUGAUGAAAUUAAGAAGAAUUUGUCGGAGUUUCGCCGUCGAUCGACGGUUCCGCCGCUGGGUUUCGAGCAGCAGCAGAAGCAGACGAUGUUUCAGACCGGAAAUGCCGGAAACCCUAAUGAUAAUGCUGGGAAAAAUAGUGUGAGUUUAUCGUUUGAUACAAUUAGAGAGAGUUUGCGAAAAAUGAAGGGGACAGGAGUAGAUGGGAGUAAUACGAGUGAUAAGAUGUCGUUGAAUAACUAUAAGCAAAGCCUUAAAAUGCAGCCGAUAAUGCCCGGAAGUGGCGGUGGAAGCGGCGGAGUUGGUGGUGUUGGUAAGGUGAUUGGUGGGUCGAGUGAGAUAUUGCCAAUGGCGGUGUUUGGGAAGGAGAUGAAGGAGAAGGAGAUGAAGGCAGGGGAAGCUGGGGAUGGCAAAGGCGACGAUGAGUUUGGUUUCGAGUUGUUUGAUAUGUACACUCAUGAUGAGUUGGGGAAGAAGCUGAGGGAGCUGAGGCCUGAGGUGAAGGGGAAGAACAAGGAUGGAGAGGAGGAGAGUUGGUUUUCGAUUUCGGAAUUGGGUGAGAGGUUGAAGAAGCUUAAGAAAGAAGAGGAGAAUCAAUCCAAUCAGAGUGGAAAGUAUUUUGCAGAGUUGAGGAAGAGUCUUUCGUCUCUUGACAAUAGUAGCAAGGAUAAUAGGCUCAAGAAUGCUCCCAUCCAGAGUCUGGGUUUGUUGUCUCCAUCUAAUUUCACAGAGUAUCCUCCACAAGAGCAUUUAGUUGAAAAGUAUUUUCAUCCAGAUAACAUGUCUGCAGAGGAGAAAUUAAAGCUUGAGUUGAAAAAGGUGCGGGAUGAGUUUAAAAUGCAUGAGUCAGAUUGUGGAUCAACACGUGUUCAAAUUGCACAACUUACAACAGAAAUACUUCACUUGUCAGCUGUUUUGCACAAAAAGGAUAAGCAUUCUCGUCGAGGAUUGCAAGCAAAGGUGCAACAAAGGAAGAAGUUGUUGAAAUAUCUGAGGAGAACUGACUGGGAGUCCUAUUGCUUUGUUCUUUCGAAACUUGGCCUCCGUGACAAUCCUGAUUACUAAGAAUAUCGAUAAACUCUUGAUAUUCUCCUUGUUUAAUAGAUAUGCUCCCUGUUCGCUCAAAUCGUAUGCGUAUCCUUUUUUAAAUACUAUUGCAAGUGUACCUCUAAUGUUGAUUAGAGGCAUCAAA